GUACACAUCAUGAGUGACUCUCGUUACAGCCAGCUUGACUUGGAAGAGUCGAAGCGAUCGUUCGAGACGACGAGCUCCGACUUNUGGUUUAACAAUAGACUCGUUACUCUGAUAGCCUCACUCCUCCUACUACUCGGCUUCCUCGGAGCUUCGUGGCAUCAACCAACAUUCAUAUAUGGCUCAAAACCAUACCGUAUCGCCAAAGUGUCCAUGCUCUACGGUGACAACAAACUAUACGAACGAGCUCUAGACUCACACACACGACACGGAGAAAAAUGGGGUUAUCCAACCUACAUCAAGCGACAAAACGAAUACUGCGGCUACUGGAACAAGCCCACCUUCAUGAUCCAACAAGUCGCCCAAGAGCUCGCAAAGCCAGAACACAAAAGAGCAGAAUGGUUGAUGUGGGUCGACGCAGACUCCAUCAUUUUGAACCCAAACAUUCCUGCCCACAUCUUUCUGCCGCCUAGAGAGUUUUCGCACAUCAAUGUUGUCGCAGCACGCGAUAUUCAAGGCCUCAAUACUGGUGUCUUUUUUGUCCGUGUGCAUCCAUGGACAAUAUCCAUGUUUGUAGACGGCAUGGCUUUCCCUCUCUGUAAUCCCAAAGUCAGCCUUGGUAACGAUGCCGAUCAAGCUGCCAUGGCGCGUACGGUCGAAAAGUCCAGUGGUGGCCCUGAUGGCUAUGGUUUUGCACGCGGCAUCGUCUAUCUGCCCAGAAGCCUGUUCAACAUCUACGAGCUGCCCGGAUACAUGAGAGAUGGAAGAACAGACGUACUCAGGAACUUCAGUGGCUUUGUCUCGCCCCACGCUUUCGAGGGCAANAAGGGAGAUUUCCUCGUGCAUCUCCCUGGUCUGUUCGGAGAUCGGGAGCCUCUGAUGUCGGAUUGGUUGGAUCUGGUCGAGAACCGUCAAGAUGACUGGGCUAUUCCUCUAGAAGAAACGACAUACCUCGCAGAAACCCAAGCAUUCUGGAAACUGUACGGAGAGGCGGUGACAACUAUCAGAGAAGCCCUGAACAGGGAGACCAUCGAAAAAGAGAUGAGCAAUGCAAUCAGACAGCUCAAAACUGCGUUGAGCGAAGAAGCCGACGAAUCGGACAAGAUCACCGAGUACAUGAAUGACCUCAAAGAGCUUCUUCGUCCAUCGACUCUUCCGGUUGAAUGA